AUGGCAAGAUUGGAUAGUAUUUUUAUUGUCUAUCCUAGAUCAGGAACCACGAUAGUUCAGUUUGGGUUGCAGGAUGAGGUGUUUAAUCUUCCUGCGCUGGAGAUACCGACUGUUGUCUAUCAAGGCACUGAUGAUGAAGGAAAUGUUCAAUACAGGUCAAGUGCUUCUACAUCGAGUAGUGGUGCCAAUGAUACUGACUCUAAGCCGUUAAAGGAGGUCAGACCUAUUGUAGAUGGUGAAAUUGUCGAUUUGGAGGCUUUCCUGUAUUUUUUGAAACUUAUUUACAUAUCGAUCCUGGCAGAUAAGCAUAAAAAUGAUCCAGAUGCUUUUGAUAGAGAAUUGUCAAAUGUACCUCUACUUUUGAUCUCCCAUUAUAAAUGGUCUGCGCAACAGAUUGAGAAAAUAAACCAACACGUCUUUGAGAUUUUGAAAUUGAACAGUUUCUUAAUGUUACCAACUUCUUUGGCUGCUACUCAUGCUAUGGCAGCUUUACAAAAUUCAAUUGUAAUUGACAUCGGCAAAACGCAUACUGACAUUCUACCAAUUGUCGAUUAUUCACAAUUAACCCAUUUCUCAUCUACCAUUCCAAUUGGUGGUAAUGACAUUAAUACACAUUUGAAAUCUAUUUUACCAAGUCUUUCAGAUGAUCAAAUUGAGGACUUGAAAUUGUCAAAUAUAUACGAGGUAUUAAACGCUGAAGCCAAGAAAAAUUAUGCUGAUUUGCAUCAAGCCGAUGAAGAUGAAGAUGAUAGCGCAAUCGACGUUGCUGCAAUUAUAACAAGUGGUAGAGAUGCUCGUGAAAUAUUGGAAGGAGAGAGAAAAAAUAAAAAUGAAAAUAGUUUACCAAAUUCAGAAUUAGAUAAAAAUUCUUUUGUCGAUAGAAAUGGUCAAUUGAUUUCAGUAGGUAAGCAAAGAUUCCAAGGUUGCGAAAAUCUAAUAAAAGCAAUCUCAAAAAGAGUUGGCUAUACUAUCUCAAUGGUUCAAGAUAUAAAUAAACAAAAAGCUAUGUGGGAAAAUAUCGUUAUUGUUGGAAACACAUCUCUUCUCACAGGUUUCCAAGAUUCUUUAUUAACAAAAUUAAUGGAUGACAACUUAGUGAUAGAACCUCAAUCCGAACAAGAUAAGAGACAACAAGAUGCUAUGGACUCUGCUGCAACUUCUUCAAAGAAGAAGUCAAAAUAUAUGGGAACUAAUUUUGUUCCAACUAUUGAAUACCAACAAGUCCCAACCUCUAUAAAACUAGCAAAAGCUCCAGAAUAUUUCCCGGAAUGGAAGAAAAAUAAAUACGCCAAUAUAGUAUUCCUAGGUGGUAUGAUAGUGGCAAGACAAGUAUUCACUCAUUCAAAAGUUAACUUCUUCAUUAACCGAGAUAAUUAUAACGAGAAUGGCCCAGCUUCAUAUUGGGAUAUAAAUUUAUGA